AUGUUCUUUUCAUUUACUCAUCUUUCUUUCUUUCUCGCUCGCAUUUGUUUCUUGUCAUUCACCUCUCUUUUCUGUCUCUUCUAUCUAUCUAUCUAUCUAUCUAUCUAUCUAUCUAUCUAUCUAUCUAUCUCAUUUUUCUGUUCAUAUCUAUCUAUAUAUCUAUCUAUCUAUCUAUCUAUCUAUCUAUCUAUCUAUCUAUCUAUCUAUCUAUCUAUCUAUCUCAUUUUGUUCCUACCUACUUACCUGUCAUCUAAAGAGUCUGUUCUAUUCUAUCUAUCUAUCUAUCUAUCUAUCUAUCUAUCUAUCUAUCUAUCUAUCUAUCUCAUUUUUCUGUUCCUAUCCUAUUAUCUAUCCAUCUAUCUAUCUAUCUAUCUAUCUGGUCAUCUAUCUCAUUUUGUUCUAUCUAUCCUAUCUAAUCUAAUCUCAUCUGUUCUAUCUAUCUAUCUAUCUAUCUAUCUAUCUUAUUUUUCUGUUCAUAUCUAUCUAUCUAUCUAUCUAUCUAUCUAUCUAUCUAUCUAUCUAUCUAUCUAUCUCAUUUUGUUCCUACCUACUUACCUGUCAUCUAAAGACCUGUCUAAUUCAGUUUAUUCAUAUCUAUCUAUCUAUCUAUCUAUCUAUCUAUCUAUCUAA